AUGCCCUCCCGCACUCUCGUCCCCCGCAUCACCCCUCUCAUGCGACACACCGUCACCCACCCACCCGUCAUCAUCCAUACCACCGGCGCCGCCGCUGCUGCCGCCCCGCACUACGAGCACAGCUUUGAGAACGAUACCGAGUUUUCUCCUUGGUGGUUUGCCAACUCUGCGCCUGUACCUUCUGUCCACCCGAACCAAACAACCACAGCCGUUAGCCACGGCCCUCCCUCCCCUACACCCAUCCUCACCCCAUCCGCGCCGAAUCAGCAACCCACACUCAACCAAGACCCGGCCAAGAAGUCUCACUACACCCCACCGCCUUACACUUGGGUAGACUAUCGACUCAGCAUGGUCUAA